AUGGCUUAUUGUGUGAUAUUCAACUGGGUUGCCCAGUUAACUGGGCAGAGCCCAACUGGGCGCCCAUUCAACUGGGUCAACUGGGCGGGUCUGGCCCAGUUGACCCAGGCCUGUGUUCCGAGGAACAGGAGGCUGUUGAACGAAUAUUUUCAUGGACAGACGACGGUUACUCUGGCACAGCUAGGAGAUGCAUUAAGGAGAUGUGAUCGGAUGUCUGAUAGGUUGAAGUUAGGAUUGGUGCUUAUCAUCGAGAGCAUACUCCGGUGUCAUCACAAGAAGACAUCGAUUGACAUUUUUCAUUUGGAGGUUGUUGAGGAUAUUGAUGCCUUCAACAACUACCCAUGGGGUUGGAGAUGUUUUCUUGAUACAUUACGCGUGUUUAGGAGGGGAUUUUCAAUGCCAAAGGGGGAUAAGCCCGAGCGCAAGUACGAUGCAUAUGGACUGCCGUUGGCGCUGCAGAUAUGGGUGUACGAGACUGUCCCUAUCUUGGCCAGUCGGUAUGCGAGGAGAGGAGAGACACGCUAUCCUCGGAUGCAUCACUGGCGAGCACAAGACAAGCCGCUUGCCAGACAGUUAUCGGCUCUCCUCGACGAUCCUGAGCUUGAAGUUCUCACUGAGUUGGCACCGUCGAUCGAGGAGGAGAGUCAGUUUUAUAUUUCGACCAUGAACUUAUCAAACUCUUCAAAAUUGUAA